CGUCUUCUUCACCAACUACCCCAUUUCUGCUUCUGCUUCUACUUAGAGACAGACAAAGAGAGAUCGCUUCGGCACAAUCUGCAAUUUUCCAACAUCGACAUGUUUAACUCUAUGGCGUUGAUAAUUUUCACCAUUCUUUUCCUCUCAAUCUCCGACGCGUUCCCGAUUCCGUCGCCGAACGGAGAGAUCGACGCAAUGUUAGUCCGAAACAGUCUCAUCGGAGAAGAUGAAGAUCUAAUGCCAACUGAGAUCAGCCGGAGAGUACUGAUGGCACAGAAACGGUACAUCGGCUACGAAACCCUAAGGAGAGACAUGGUUCCUUGUCAGAAACCAGGAGCUUCUUACUACGAUUGUCGCUCCGGACAAGCUAAUUCUUACAACAGAGGCUGCGAGACCAUUACAAGAUGUGCUAGAGACACAAGCGACAUCAAGACAUGAAGGUAAGAUCCAAGAAAUUGCCAAAAUUGGAAGUUUUUUAGCUUUUGGUCUGAAAUUCAGAGGCAAGUAAGUUCUAUAUAUGUUUUGAGCCUUUUUUGAUAUAUGAAUUGUUAUAUAUAAUUGUAACACUACAACUAUUUUUGCUUAAUUAUUGAGAUCUAUAAAUUAUAUGAAGUUUUUUCAGUA